AUGUCGGAACCGCCAAAUAUCUCACAAAUCCUGGCGGCCUUAGCAGCACAACGCCCUGGAGGAACUCCGACCCAAUCGCAACCUCCGCCUCAGCAUCCUCCGCUUCAUCAAGCUCCUCCACAACAGCAUCCUCCUCAAGCUUACCCUCCGCCGUACCCUCCAGCAGGUCCUCCACCAGGCGCUCCACCAGGAGCAACCCCAUAUGCGCUUCCGAAACCAAGCAAUUCAGGCAGCAUCGAUAUAAGCAAUGUCAAACCUGUCCAUUCAGGCUCGGUUAGUCUAGCAGAUGCUGUCACCAGAGCGCGUAGUAUCGCCGCAGAAAAAGGGGGUUCCCAAACUGGUCUGCGCGGUGGUGACACACCAAACCGUGACAACGAUCCUCGAUUAGCCGGACGCUACUAUAGACCCUCGCGAUCGCGUUCAAGAUCUCCAGGCCGUAUACCACGAGAUGGCUUUCGAGACGGCCAUAACCCGUACCGUGACGAGCGUCGCGAUGAACCACGACGACAGAUAGCUCUGCAAUACGGACGUGAGAGAUCAUUUUCUCCGGGCUUCGGCGGCCCAACUCCGGCCUCUCGAUUUAGUCCACCCCCAGGACGAAACUUCGGUGGACCUAGCCGCGCAGGUGAUGAAGGUGUGGAGACAAUUCCUAUAGAAUCGAAUCUAGUCGGUCUUAUUAUUGGCCGUCAGGGAGAGAACUUGAGACGUGUGGAGGCAGAUACUUCGACCAGAGUACAAUUCAUCACUGGCCCCGAGGAAAGCGGGCCAAUGCGCCAAUGUAAGAUUACUGGCAGCCGUGCGGCGCGAGAAAAUGCAAAGGUCGAGAUAUUCCGCAUCAUUGAAGAAAAUGGCAAUGGUCCUUCAGCAAGUGGCAGAGCACCUCCGCCCCCGGAUCGCAACAUGAACGUGGGAGGAAGCAUGCCAAAGGUCGCAGGAGCGCAGCAGCCCGCGCUCCGGCCUGGAGAAGAUACCUCGCAGAUCAUGGUACCCAAUCGCACUGUCGGCCUAAUCAUAGGAAGGGGAGGAGAGACUAUUCGCGAUUUGCAAGAGCGAAGCACAUGCCAUGUCAAUAUCGUGGGAGAGGAAAAGAGCGUAAACGGUCUGCGCCCAGUGAAUCUCAUUGGUACGCCACAAGCAGCAGCUAUGGCCAAGGAGCUCAUAAUGGAGAUUGUAGAGAGUGAUACAAAGAGUCUGGCUGCAAAAGGUGGGGAUCCUCGUGACCGAGCUGGACCUGCAUUUGGUGGAGGAGAAGGCGAGAAGAUCAACGAUAGAAUCUCCGUGCCAUCGGAGGCGGUUGGCAUGAUUAUUGGCAAAGGGGGCGAAACGAUCAAGGACAUGCAAAAUACGACGGGCUGCAAGAUUAACGUCUCCCCAGCCGCUGGACAAGACUUCGAACGCGAGAUCGGGCUCGUGGGCUCGCGAGACUCCAUCGAGCGAGCGAAGAACGCCAUCAUGGAGAAAGUCCACGCAGUGCAAGAGAAGAAUGGCGGCCGCGGUCGACCCCCAGAUUACCAAAACCAAUACAACAACGACCCACACUUCUCCCAACCCCAGCAGCAGUAUCAGCAGCCGUAUGGUAACCAACAAAGCCCCCAGCAGCAACAACAAGCCGGCGGCCCUGGUGGAGGAGCGGAUCCCUAUGCAGCGUAUGGCGGCUAUGAGAACUAUGUCGCUCUGUGGUAUUCUAGCUAUCAAGCCCAGAAUCAAGGCCAGCAAAACCCCCAAGCUCAAGGUCCUCCAGGCUCGUGA